CGUCUUCUUCGUAGCACUCAGCGCUCACGCCGCAAUUAGGUAUUUUUUUGUAAUUUUAAGUUUUGAGUCGCUGUUAUCCUUGCAGGCAGAAUUAUUUUUCAACUCGAGUUUAUGUUAGUACAACCGAAUUCAAAAUGUUGCCGAGAAAUUUCGUUAUCCGAGCCUGCUAUCGAUCUCUGUCAACAUUGGCCGUACCGGAAUCGACUGGAGCUGUAGUUGAUAAAGCCAACCAAAUACUCCAGCACCCAGAUUAUUUUGGGGUACAUCGUCUGUUUACAGUAGAAGAUCUAUUCAGAGCUAAGGUUCAUCUGGGUCACAAAGAAGGUACUUUGCAUAGUAAUAUGAAAGGAUAUCUGUUCGGUAGUCGAUUGGGUCAUUGUAUCAUUGAUUUGGACAAAACGGCCGAAUAUUUGCGGCUGGCCUUGAAUGUUACUGCACAUGCUGCAUACAGAGGCGGUAUCAUUCUGUUCUUCAAUCGGAGUGCCCAAAAUGGGCACAUCGUUGAAAAAACUGCCAUGGAAUGUGGAGAGUAUUCACAUACACGGUUCUGGCGUGGUGGUGUGUUUACCAAUGCAAACGUUCAGUUUGGAGCUGUAACUAGACUUCCGGAUUUGUGCAUUUUCCUCAACACCCAGACUAAUAUCCUAGAGAUGCACACGGCAGUCAAGGAUUCCGCCAAGAUGUCAAUACCAACAAUUGGAAUCGUAGAUACAAAUUGCAAUCCUAAUCUUAUCACGUAUCCGGUACCAGGAAAUGACGACACCCCAUCGGCAAUUGAGCUGUACUGUAAACUAUUCAAAAGCGCAAUUUUAUUGGGAAAGGCCAAAAUGAAAGAAGACGCUGUGAACAAUUAAUAGCUUAAAUAAAUUUCUACUGAAUAGAUCACGUUUUUAGCGUCUGUU